CGCUGACCGCGGCGGCGCCCGGGCCACGCCGCGCCGCCUCUCCCAGCCCUCGCGCAACUGUCAGGCCGAGCGGGGCCGGCGGAUAUUGGCUCCGCGACGCGCCGAGGCUCCUCCCCGAGUCUGGAUCUUUAUAUUUUGGGAGAAUUUCUUUGAACUCAGUUACCGAGCCCCGGGAAGGAGACAAGUUCCCACAGCCGGCGCGCCCCGCGGAGGCGCGGCGCGGCGGGGCUCACCCGCCUUCCCCGCGGCGGCGGGUGCCUCAUCGCCCCCCCACCUCGCUUCCCUCGUGGAGGAAAACGGACUCCCUUGGUUGGGGAGAAAUGCCAGGGAUCUGGAUGUGACCGUGAAAAGAGAACGUGUGACUGGAGGAGGCAGAAGAGGAGGAGGAAAAGCAUUAUUGGAAGAGAAGAAUAAACCAGCCACUCCAACCCGUUCUGCAAAUUAGUGCUAUUACUUCUGGGGUCCAUUGCUUUGAUUCUUUCCUUCCCCCCCACCCCAAAUUAAGGAACCUUGACUUGAGGGCCAAGAGCCAGUCCCCCCGACAACGGGGGGGUACCCUUCUGGGUCGGAAGACCUUUUGGAUGUAGUGUUGGUUGAACAUUUAGACACUCUCUUCUGCAAAGGCCACCAUGAAUUCGGUAGCGGGGAAUAAAGAGAGGCUUGCGGUCUCCACCAGGGGCAAGAAAUACGGGGUGAAUGAAGUGUGCUCGCCCACCAAGCCCGCGGCGCCCUUCUCCCCCGAGAGCUGGUACCGGAAAGCAUACGAGGAGUCGCGCGCCGGGAACCGGCCCACCCCCGAGGGCGCGGGUUCGGCGCUCGGCUCGUCGGGGACCCCGUCCCCCGGCUCGGGCACCUCGUCCCCGAGCUCGUUCACAGGCUCCCCGGGCCCCGCCUCCCCGGGCAUUGGCACCAGCUCGCCGGGCUCCCUGGGCGGCUCGCCGGGCUUCGGCACGGGCUCCCCGGGCUCGGGCAGCGGCGGCGGCUCCUCCCCCGGCUCGGACCGCGGCGUCUGGUGCGAGAACUGCAACGCCCGCCUGGUGGAGCUGAAGAGGCAGGCGUUGAAGCUGCUGCUCCCGGGGCCCUUCCCGGGCAAGGACCCUGCUUUCUCGGCCGUGAUUCACGACAAGCUCCAGGUCCCCAACACCAUCCGGAAGGCAUGGAAUGACAAGGACAACCGCUGUGACAUUUGUGCCACACACCUGAACCAGCUGAAGCAGGAGGCCAUCCAGAUGGUGGUGACCUUGGAACAGGCAGCUGGCAGUGAGCAUUACGAUGGCUCGCCCGGCUCGCCCCCAGCCCUCUCCAACAUGCCCACCCUGGUGGGGUCCCGGCACAUGGGUGGGCUGCAGCAGCCCAGAGAUUGGGCCUUUGUGCCUGCCUCCUACGCCUCCCCCAACUACACGGCUUUCGUCAGCAACAAGCACAGCAGCAAACCCAACAGCCUCGGGGUCAGCAACGGGGCCGAGAAGAAGAGUGGGUCCCCAACCCACCAGGCCAAGGUCAGCCUUCAGAUGGCCACCAGUCCCAGCAAUGGGAACAUCCUCAACUCAGUGGCCAUUCAGGCUCACCAGUACCUGGAUGGCACCUGGUCCCUGUCGAGAACCAACGGAGUCACCCUGUACCCAUACCAGAUCUCCCAGCUGAUGACGGAGACGGGCCGGGAGGGCCUGACCGAGGCAGCCCUGAAUCGCUACAAUGCAGACAAGCCUUCGGCCUGCAGCGUCCCGGCCUCACAGGGCUCCUGCGUGGCCAGCGAGACCUCCACAGGCACCUCGGUGGCUGCUUCCUUCUUCGCCAGGGCCGCCCAGAAGUUAAAUCUGUCUUCCAAAAAGAAGAAACACCGGCCUUCCACGUCUUCUGUGGCCGAGCCCCCGCUCUUUGCCACCAGCUUCAGUGGCAUCCUGCAGACCUGCCCUCCCCCGGCCCCGCCCUGUCUGCUGCGGGCAGUCAACAAGGUGAAGGACACGCCAGGCCUGGGCAAGGUGAAAGUCAUGCUUCGCAUCUGUUCCACGCUGGCCCGCGACACCUCCGAAUCCAGCUCUUUCUUAAAGGUGGACCCGCGGAAGAAGCAGAUCACCCUGUAUGACCCCCUGACCUGCGGAGGUCAAAACGUCUUCCAGAAGAGAGGCAACCAAGUUCCCCCUAAGAUGUUUGCCUUCGAUGCCGUGUUUCCUCAAGAUGCUUCUCAGGCCGAGGUGUGUGCUGGAACCGUGGCGGAGGUGAUCCAGUCUGUGGUCAACGGGGCGGACGGCUGCGUCUUCUGCUUCGGCCACGCCAAGCUGGGGAAGUCCUACACCAUGAUCGGAAAGGACGACUCCAUGCAGAACCUUGGCAUCAUCCCCUGUGCUAUCUCCUGGCUCUUCAAGCUGAUAAACGAACGCAAGGAAAAGACGGGAGCCCGCUUCUCGGUGCGGAUCUCAGCCGUGGAAGUGUGGGGCAAAGAGGAGAACCUGAAGGACCUGCUGUCUGAGGUGGCCACGGGCAGCCUGCAGGACGGCCAGUCCCCGGGCGUGUACCUGUGCGAGGACCCCAUCUGCGGCACGCAGCUGCAGAACCAGAGUGAGCUGCGGGCACCCACGGCGGAGAAGGCCGCCUUCUUCCUGGACGCUGCCAUCGCCUCCCGCCGCGGCAGCCAGCAGGACUGUGACGAAGAAGGCCACCGCAACUCGCACAUGCUCUUCACGCUGCACAUCUACCAGUACCGCAUGGAGAAGAGCGGGAAAGGAGGAAUGUCUGGAGGCCGCAGCCGCCUGCACCUCAUUGAUCUCGGCAGCUGUGUGAAAGCUCUUAGCAAGAAUCGGGAAGGAGGAUCAGGGCUAUGCCUCUCGCUGUCUGCGCUGGGCAACGUCAUCCUGGCUCUUGUCAACGGCAGCAAACACAUCCCUUACAAAGAGAGCAAACUCACCAUGCUGCUGCGAGAGUCCCUGGGGAACGUGAACUGUCGCACCACCAUGAUCGCGCACAUCUCGGCGGCCGCCGGCAACUACGCAGAGACCCUGUCCACCAUCCAGAUCGCCUCGAGAGUCUUGAGGAUGAAGAAAAAGAAGACGAAGUACACGUCAAGCUCGUCCGGUGGGGAGAGCUCCUGCGAGGAAGGCAGGAUGCGAAGGCCCACCCAGCUGAGACCCUUCCACGCCAGGGCCGCGGGGGACCCGGACUUCCCCAUCCCCCCGCUGUCCAGCGACCCCGACUACUCCUCGAGCAGCGAGCAGUCCUGCGACACGGUCAUCUACAUCGGGCCCAACGGCACGGCCCUCUCCGACAAAGAGCUCACCGACAACGAGGGCCCCCCAGACUUUGUCCCCAUCGUGCCCGCCCUGCAGAAGGCACGGGGCGACGGCCGGCCCCCAGAGGCCGGAGGGGCUGCGGCCGGCAAGUCGGAAAGGGACUGUCUGAAGUGCAACACGUUUGCCGAGCUGCAGGAGAGGCUGGACUGUAUCGACGGCAGCGAGGAGCCCAGUCAGUUUCCUUUCGAAGAGCUGCCGGUCCAGUUUGGGGCCCAGCAAGCGGGCAAGGGUCCCCCGUUAAGCCAGGCGGCUGGGGCCAACCCACUCUGUGAGUCUGAGAAGGAAGAGGCCGGGUCCGACGGGCAGCUGACUGACAGAGAAGGCACCGACCCUCCCGCCUCCAAGAUGCAGAGGAAUCACUCGCCCGGCCCCACCCCGGCUCUGCCCGGCAGCCCCAGCCCUGCCUCGCCCAGGAGCAUCCCAGGCAGCGGCGGCGGCCAGCACGCUGCUUCCCAGCUCACGCAGAGCCCCAGCCUCCAGAGCAGCCGAGAAAGCCUGAACUCCUAUGGCUUCGUGGAAGGCAAGCCCAGGCCGAUGGGGUCCCCGCGGCUGGGCAUCGCCAGCCUGUCCAAGACCUCCGAGUACAAGCCGGCCAGCUCUCCCUCCCAGAGGUGCAAAGUCUACACCCAGAAGGGUGUCCUGCCCUCUCCUGCCCCCCUGCCUCCCUUGAGCAAGGACGCCUGCACGGUAUCCAGCGAGUCCCUGCUGCAGCCUGAGGUGCGAACCCCCCCAGUUGGAAUGAGCCCCCAGGUUCUGAAGAAGUCCAUGUCCGCUGGGAGCCAAGGGUUCCCCGAAAGCCCGGUCGAUGACGAGCACCAGGGGGCCACCUCUCCAGACCCCAAGAAGGAGGUCCUGAGCACCACGACGGUGACGGUGCAGCAGCCCCUGGAGCUGAACGGCGAGGACGAGCUGGUGUUCACGCUGGUGGAGGAGCUGACCAUCAGCGGCGUCCUGGACGGCGGCCGCCCCACCAGCAUCAUCAGCUUCAACAGCGACUGCUCCGUGCAGGCCCUGGCCUCGGGCUCCCGGCCCGUCAGCAUCAUCGGCAGCAUCAGCGAGGAUCUCGAGUGCUACUCCAGCGUGGCCCCCGUGUCCGAGGUCAGCAUCACGCAGUUCCUGCCCCUCCCGAAGCUGACCCUGGACGAGAAGGCCCGCGAGGCCGGGAGCCAACGUUCCUCCAUCAGCUCCUGGCUGAGCGAGGUGAGCGCCAGCAGCGAUGGCGAGCAGUCCUGCCACAGUUUCAUCGCCCAGACGUGCUUCGGGCACGGGGAGGCCAUGGCCGAUCCUCCGGCCUCGGAGCUGGGCGGCGGCAUCCAGAGCAGCCCCGUGGUGUGCCGGGAGAAGCCCGAGGCGGGCCCCGACGGUUUGCUCAUCCUGUCUGACGUGGGGGAGGACUCUUUCGACAAGGCGACCCCCAUCCAGGGCUGCAAGAUAUCCACGCUGGGCAAGGCCAUGGUCACCAUCUCCAACACAGCAGACCUGAGCAGCUGCGAAGGGUACAUCCCCAUGAAGACCAACAUCACAGUCUACCCCUGCAUUGCCGUGAGCCCCCGGCCCGUCCAAGGGCCCGAGGCGUCCAUCGCCCCCGGGGUGAGCUCAGCGCCCAGAGCAGCCCAGCCCCAGGACAGCCGGGAAACCGGUGCGAAGACAGAGAUGAGAUUUGAGGACCCUUGGCUAAAACGGGAAGAGGAGGUAAAGAAAGAGAGCGCCUAUCCCGGUGAAGAAGGGGCCGGCCGUGAGGCCGCCACAGGCCCCCCCGCAAAGCCUGAGGCCAGAGCAGAGCAGGACAGGAAGGCCAGCCCUGGGGACAGGCUGAGCAGCAGCAGCGGUGAGGUGUCCGCUUCCCCAGGGAGCGACAACCUCAGGAGGGUUGCUGAUGGCUGUGAGAUGGUCCUGCCCGGUGUGGCCGCCCAGAGCCCCGUGCACCCCAACAGAGGCCUGAAGUCCAGCAGCCUUCCCAGGGCUUUCCAGAAGGCCAGCCGGCAGGAGGAGCCGGGCAGUCCGUUCUACCACUGCGCCGCGGAGACCAACGGGCUGGGCAGCGCCCAGGGCGCGUCGCCCUGCAAGGCGGCCUUGGAGAGGAAGGCGGCGUCGCCCAAGCACUGUAUGCUGGCCCGGCCCAAAGGGACGCCCCCUCUGCCGCCCGUCCGCAAGUCCAGCCUGGACCAGAAGAACCGGGCCAGCCCCCAGCACAGCGCCUGCAGCAGCGGCACCAGCAGCCCGUCGCACCCCGCGGCGCCCCUCCUGGCCCCGUUCCCGGAUGAGGCCGGCGGCCAGGCCAAGGAGGCCAGCAGCAGCAGCCGGCUGUUCAGCGCCAAGCUGGAGCAGCUGGCCAGCAGGACCAACUCCCUCGGCAGGGCCACCGUCAGCCACUACGAGUGCCUGUCGCUGGAGAGGGCCGAGAGCCUGUGCGCGGGGAGCUGGCGGGCGCACGCGGGCAAGGACAGCACGAUGCCCCGCGCGGGGAGGAGCCCAGGCCGCGGGGGCGCCGGGGCCUCGCCCACCGCCCUGGGCCCCGCGCCGCCUGCCGCCGCCGCCGGCGCCCCCGGCGCCGUCGCGUCGCCCAAGGCUGGCACGUGCAAGAUCUCGGCGGUGAGCAAGCUCCUGCUGGCCAGCCCCAAGGCGCGCAGCCUGGCCACCGCCACCACCAAGACGCUCAGCUUCUCCACCAAGUCCCUGCCGCAGGCGGUGGGCCAGAGCCCGGGGCUGGCGGCCAGCGCCAAGCCCACGUCCUGGUCCACGCAGUCCCUCAGCCGCAGCCGGGGCGCCGGGCCCGCCGGCAAGCCGCCGCCGCGCGCCGUCAACGGGCGCAUCUCCGAGCUGCUGCAGGGCGGCGCGGGCGGGCGCGCGGGGGGCGACGAGCGGCCGGCCGCGCCCCCGCUGCCCUCGCCCUACAGCAAGGUGACGCCGCCGCGCCGGCCGCACCGCUGCAGCAGCGGCCACGGCAGCGACAACAGCAGCGUGCUGAGCGGCGAGCUGCCGCCCGCCAUGGGCAAGACGGCCCUGUUCUACCACAGCGGCGGCAGCAGCGGCUACGAGAGCGUGCCGCGCGACAGCGAGGCCACCGGCAGCGCGUCCUCCGCGCACGACUCCACGAGCGACAACAGCAGCUCCGUGGGCGGCCGCUGCCGCAGCCUCAAGGCCCCGAAGAAGCGCUCCAACUCAGGUUCUCAGAGACGGAGGCUCAUCCCUGCGCUGUCCCUGGACACCCCUUCCCCCGUAAGAAAACCCGCCAGCAGCACCGGGGUCCGCUGGGUGGACGGCCCCUUGCGCAGCACCCAGAGGGGCCUCGGGGAACCUUUUGAGAUUAAAGUCUACGAAAUCGAUGACGUGGAACGACUACAGCGGCGACGAGGGGGCAACGGCAAGGAGGUCACGUGCUUCAACGCAAAGCUGAAAAUUCUGGAGCAUCGCCAGCAGAGAAUCGCCGAGGUCCGAGCCAAGUAUGAGUGGCUGAUGAAGGAGCUGGAGGUCACCAAGCAGCACCUGAUGCUGGAUCCCAACAAGUGGCUCCGCGAAUUUGACUUGGAGCAGGUCUGGGAGCUGGAUUCCCUGGAGUACCUCGAGGCGCUGGAGUGCGUGACGGAGCGCCUGGAGAGCCGUGUCAACUUCUGCAAGGCCCACCUCAUGAUGGUCACCUGCUUCGACAUCACCUCCCGGCGCCGGUGAGGCGCCGGCCUGGCCUGCCAGCCCCUGGCCCCCCGGGACCCCACAGCCAGCCCCUCGCCUGGCCCUUGGUGCCGGCGGCUGGGACACAGCAGAAGGAGGAUGAAGGUUGGUGCAAGUCUGGAGUGAGCGCUGAGCGGGAGGCAGUUUUCUGGUGUUUUCUGUAGGAAAGGUGCGAACACCGCGCGUGUGGGAGGAGGAAACGACGGAAAGCCCGAGGACGUGGAAGCCCCGUGAGACUGAAAAAGCACUUUGAGGAACUUUCAAGAACUUGUUUAUACAGGGGUCCUGCUGGCAAGAGACCUCUCUCUUCUCUGGCUUUGUGGGAAGGGGCGAGGGCGCGCACAGGAUCGCUGUCGGGAGCGAGACCGAACAGCGGAUUCCCCAGAGCGACUGAUUAAGUGCCUUGCAAAUCUUUAUUAUCCAAACCUUUCUGUUCAUACUUUCUCGUGUCCAGACGGUGCUGGUCCAGACAGAAACAACCACAAAACAAAACAAACCCCAUGCGUUUUUUGAAAUGUAUUUGCAGCUCGUUUUCUCUUGGUGUUUGAUCCGAUUUCUGACUUGCUGUUUCUACGUAAGUAGUGUUUGUAGAUCUGUUCCCUAAUCGGUAUUGCUUAUGAAUAAAUGUUAACUGUCCUUUA